CAAAGAACAAUUUCGCGAUGCUACCGUAGCCGUGAUUGGGCGGCACCAGCGUGUCCGUAAAGAAACAAUCGUAUUUCAUGUGAGAAAAUUAAAAUUUAAAACAUUUGAAAGCGCAACGCACCUGCACUUGGUUCAUGAGGACAAGACCUCGGAAUGCCAUUGAUUACCGGAUUUGCGGUUAGGCAGCUUGCCGUGGGAACAAGUUAAGCAGACUGAACUUUGCUGAGUCUUGAGAGGCUUUUUGUUUGGGAAGAUUUGAAGCUGGGGAAGCAAACUAGUAUCAAUUCCACCUCCAACAACAUACAGGAGUGACAAUGGGCAACAGCAGAGAUAACCAACGUGGUGCCCUCCAAAUUUUCACUGAUUACAACUCCCAUAAUCCCUGGCCAUUGGCGAUACUGACAAGUGUUGACGGGAAUUGUAGUGCAAGAACAUCUGGAGAUGUACCUGAGAAAACAUGAACCCUUGAUUUUGCUACUUUUUUUCCUGGAUGAACCCGCUUUUGCUGUUCAAUUAUUGCUACAUUAAGAUCUUGCAUUUCUCCAUUGAUUUGCAGGGCAACCUUCGCUCCUGUCCUCUGGAAGAAAAAAUAUGGCUUCCCAUGUAAACCCGGGAAAUUCUUGUUUCCAAAACUAUGAGUUAUUCUACAUUUUCUUAUCUCUGUGCGCUGUAGUUGGCAUACCGUAUCACAGACGUUGGAGAAACCACUUUCCUGUUGAGAAACUACGCCUCCGGAAGUACUCUGUCUCCACGUGCCACCUCAAGGAGACGCUGUCUUAGUUGUUUAAGAGGAGACUUGAUGGGCGCUGUAUAGGCUCCGCCUAUAAUGUACGUCCUUUAAAAAGGAGUGCGUGACGCCAUCGCUAGGCGACUUCAUCUUUGUCAGUGAACAAAAUGGCGCCGUACUGUGUCCUAGUCAGUCAGUUGCAGCAAGUCUUGAGUAAAGGUGUUCGGAGGUACCAUGUCACUCCCUUCCUGUGCCAGCGGGCCAAGGUGGCCAUGAGCCAGUUUGAACCCAAUGAAUACGUACACUAUGAAAAGCUUGGGAAAAACAUCAACAUCAUCCGGAAAAGACUGGACCGUCCCCUCACCCUGUCAGAGAAGAUUGUAUAUGGCCACUUGGAUGACCCUGUCAAGCAGAAUAUUGAGAGGGGCAAGACAUAUCUGCGUCUGCGGCCAGACCGUGUAGCCAUGCAAGAUGCCACUGCCCAGAUGGCCAUGCUACAGUUCAUUAGCAGUGGACUGCCCAAAGUGGCAGUGCCCUCAACUAUCCACUGUGAUCACCUUAUUGAAGCUCAGUUAGGUGGCGAGAAAGAUCUCCGAAGAGCAAAGGACAUUAAUCAAGAGGUAUACAACUUCCUAGCCACAGCGGGUGCCAAGUAUGGAGUGGGUUUCUGGAAACCUGGAUCAGGAAUCAUUCACCAGAUCAUCUUGGAGAACUACUCCUAUCCUGGUGUUAUGCUUAUUGGUACAGAUUCCCAUACCCCGAAUGGUGGUGGUUUGGGUGGAAUCUGCAUUGGAGUUGGUGGAGCUGAUGCAGUUGAUGUCAUGGCAGGAAUCCCUUGGGAGCUCAAAUGCCCAAAGGUAAUUGGUGUAAAACUGACUGGCGAGCUGUCAGGCUGGAGCUCUCCUAAAGAUGUGAUCCUGAAAGUGGCUGGUAUUCUUACUGUGAAAGGUGGCACAGGAGCCAUCAUUGAGUAUCAUGGGCCUGGUGUAGACUCCAUCUCCUGCACAGGAAUGGCGACUAUCUGCAAUAUGGGAGCAGAGAUUGGUGCCACCACUUCAGUCUUCCCUUACAAUAAUCGGAUGAAGAAAUAUUUGUCCAAGACUGGACGGACUGAAAUUGCUAAUUUGGCAGAUGAAUUCCAAGAGCACUUAAAGCCUGAUCCUGGAUGUCCCUAUGACCAGCUGAUUGAAAUUAAUCUCAGUGAGCUGAAGCCCCUUAUCAAUGGGCCUUUCACUCCAGAUUUGGCACAUACUGUAGAAGAGAUUGGCUCUGCUGCAGAAAAGAAGGGCUGGCCAGUGGAUAUCAGAGUUGGUCUGAUUGGUAGCUGCACCAAUUCAAGCUACGAGGACAUGGGGCGCUCUGCUGCUGUGGCAAAGCAAGCUCUCUCUCAUGGGGUUAAAUGCAAGUCUCAGUUCACCAUUACACCUGGCUCAGAGCAGAUCCGGGCCACCAUUGAAAGGGAUGGCUAUUCCAAACUCCUGCGUGAUGUUGGUGGAGUGGUUCUUGCCAAUGCUUGUGGGCCAUGCAUUGGCCAGUGGGACAGAAAAGAUAUCAAAAAGGGAGAAAAGAAUACAAUUGUUACCUCCUAUAACAGAAAUUUCACUGGUCGCAAUGAUGCCAACCCAGAGACACAUGCCUUUGUGACUUCACCAGAGAUUGUAACAGCCCUGGCUCUUGCUGGCACCCUGAAAUUUAACCCAGAGGUAGACUUCCUGACAGGAGCUGAUGGAAAGAAGUUCAAACUUGAGCCACCCGAUGCUGAUGAGCUGCCCAAACUGGAAUUUGAUCCGGGACAGGACACCUAUCAGUACCCCCCCAAGGAUGGGAGCAGCCAGCAUGUGGAUGUGAGCCCAACCAGCCAGCGCUUGCAACUCCUUGAGCCCUUUGACAAAUGGGAUGGCAAGGAUCUGGAAGACAUGUUGCUUCUCAUAAAGGUGAAGGGUAAAUGUACCACUGACCACAUCUCAGCAGCAGGCCCCUGGCUGAAAUUCCGUGGCCAUCUGGACAAUAUUUCAAAUAACCUGCUAAUUGGAGCCAUAAACAUUGAAAACGACAAGGCCAACUCAGUGAGGAAUGCAUUAACCCAGGAGUUUGGACCUGUUCCUGACACAGCCCGUUACUAUAAGAAACAUGGUGUGAAGUGGGUGGUGGUUGGGGAUGAAAACUACGGUGAAGGCUCGAGUCGGGAGCAUGCAGCGUUGGAACCACGACAUCUAGGAGGAAGAGCCAUCAUUGUCAAGAGCUUUGCCAGGAUUCAUGAAACCAAUCUGAAGAAGCAAGGCCUCCUGCCGCUAACCUUUGCUGAUCCAGCUGACUAUGACAAGAUCCACCCUGUGGACAAACUGAGUAUUGUGGGUCUGAAAGAUUUUGCUCCUGGAAAGCCCCUGAAAUGCAUCAUUAAACAUCCUAAUGGGAGCCAAGAAACAAUUACGCUGAACCACACCUUCAAUGAGACUCAGAUUGAGUGGUUCCGAGCCGGUAGUGCACUCAACAGAAUGAAAGAGCUGCAGAAGCACUGAAACCACACAAGUACAUCCCAGUGGACUAGAUGAUUAUGUCUUUAAAAGUGCAAUUCCACUACAAUUCUUGGGAAUUAAUGUCUGUGAUCAAAUGUUAACUUAGCUUCCUCUUUAUUAUAGUACUCACUUGCUGACACUAAUGGAGUACUCCUUUUUGCAUUAUCAGGUUCUGGCUUCCAUAGCUGCCUAUGUUUGCUGCAUUUCAGUUGUCCCAUAUUGCUUUCUAUUUAUAUUUCUCAAUGAUAUUUCUGCCUGAUCAUUUCAGUUAUGGCAAAAGGAUGAAACAUUAGAGUAUUGUUCUUGUGGAAAACAAAAUAAAAAUUGCGACUGACA